AUCCUUCUACAGUUCUGCCAACUGUGCAAGGAACGAAUUUACCAAAAUACCCUUACCGUCGUCCCGUCAGCUGUCCGAAUUCUAUUAAUAGCCGCCACGUCACGUCACGUGAAUUAACGCAAUUACAAACCGUUGGAUUAGGUUUUUGUGGGGCCGUUUAAUAACCAAUCGGACGGUGCAGAGUGGAGGGGCGAGUGCACGUGGGGGGAAACGGACUAAGGGAGUGGAGAAAAUAAAGAGGGAUUUUGCUAUUUGCCCAUUUAUAGCUGACCCCUGCGGGAGAAAGCACUCUGCCCCCCUUUCUUCUCCGAUUCAUAAUCGGCUUGAUUUUGCAUUUGCUGGUCUCUUUUUUCUUUUUGCUGUUUGGAAGGCGAGAAAAUAAUCAAGAUGGCGAUGAAGCGUGCUGCUGCGUCUGCUGUCCGAACUUUUGCUUCCUCAGGCAAUGCAGGUUCAUCAGUUGUCCUCUCUAGGGACCUUCAUGCGUCUCCAGGAAGCAAAAAGAUAGUUGGGGUUUUCUACAAGGCCAAUGAGUAUGCAGCCAUGAAUCCCAAUUUUGUGGGGUGUGUGGAGGGGGCCUUGGGCAUCCGUGAGUGGCUGGAAUCACAAGGUCAUCAAUACAUUGUCACCGAUGACAAAGAAGGACCAGACUGUGAGCUUGAAAAACAUAUUCCUGAUCUGCAUGUUCUUAUAACUACUCCCUUCCAUCCGGCAUAUGUUACUGCUGAAAGGAUUAAGAAGGCCAAAAAUUUGCAACUGCUUCUCACGGCUGGAAUUGGCUCCGAUCAUAUUGAUCUGAAUGCUGCAGCUGCUGCUGGGUUAACAGUUGCAGAAGUCACAGGAAGCAAUGUUGUCUCAGUUGCUGAAGACGAGCUCAUGAGAAUCCUUAUUCUAGUCCGGAAUUUCUUACCUGGAUACCAUCAGGUUAUCAAAGGUGAAUGGAAUGUUGCAGGUAUUGCUCACAAGGCUUAUGAUCUUGAGGGAAAGACAGUGGGAACUGUAGGUGCUGGUCGUAUUGGAAGACUUUUACUCCAGAGAUUGAAACCUUUUAACUGUAAUCUCCUCUAUCAUGACCGUAUCAAGAUGGACCCAGAGCUGGAGAAUCAGACUGGCGCAAAGUUUGAGGAGGAUCUUGAUGCUAUGCUUCCGAAAUGUGACAUAAUUGUCAUAAACACACCCCUUACAGAGAAAACAAAAGGGAUGUUCAACAAGGAAAAGAUUGCAAAACUGAAGAAGGGAGUUUUAAUUGUUAACAAUGCUCGAGGAGCAAUAAUGGAUACACAAGCAGUUGCUGAUGCGUGUGCCAGUGGACACAUUGCAGGUUACAGUGGAGAUGUUUGGUUUCCGCAACCAGCUCCAAAGGACCAUCCAUGGCGAAGCAUGCCAAACCAAGCUAUGACCCCACAUAUUUCUGGUACCACCAUUGAUGCACAGUUGCGAUAUGCAGCAGGAGUUAAGGACAUGCUGGAGAGGUACUUCAAGGGAGAAGACUUUCCUCCACAAAAUUACAUAGUGAAGGAGGGUAAACUAGCCAGCCAGUACCAAUGAGGAUCAUGCUUUUUCCUGUAGCAUUUGGAGAGUUUUGGCGAGAUGCUUCUGAAAUAAUUUUCAUGAAUAAGUUGACAUCCAUAGUUAUCUUCAUCUUGGAACUGGUCACAGAGCUCUAUGGAGAGAACUUGUAAUGUUGUGAAACCAUCUGCAACUUUUUAAUAUAUAUGCAAGCAUUUUCAUCUUCA